CUUUUCCAAAAUGUAAAGUGCAAAAAAAAAAAGAUAAUGGAUAAUAAGCUCGCUGAGAGAAUGUCCUCUUCAAAAAUAGAAAUGCUAAACAGUUCACGAAGAAAUCUAUCAAAAAUAAAAAGACUCUAUACGAGUAUCAUGUGUUUCGUAGCAAAUUGUUUAAGUUCAGUUGCUUUGGAAGUUGCCUCGAAGUCUUCAUUAGGAAAUUCUGUUAACAAAUCAACGACUUUCGCCUUUUUUCGUCGAAAUUACAAUUUGAAAAUCAGAAUAUUGUUGACGAACGUAAUUUCUGGAUUUAUUGCAACUUUAAUGUUAACGCUUGGAGAUAAAUACAAAUACCCUUAUCUUUAUAUUCCAUGGUUAUUAAAUACCAUUCAAGGAAUUGCCCUUUUUGAAGGACCAGCUCUUUUGAAUUCAGCUUACAAAUUAAUUCCUCAUGCAGAAGUUCCAGCAAGAACAUUUCUAUUCAUCACAGUGAUUUUAUUCAUUGAGGAAAUUUUUGUGUGGAAUGAAGUAUUCUGGAGUUUCAAAAAAUGUUGGGCUCAAUAUGAUUAUCGUAAAAAAAGAACAAUUAAUACAGCUAAAGAGAAAGCUGACAAUGAAAAUAGGAGACUGCCAACUACUGUUAAAAAAGAUGUAGAUUUGAAAUUUGCAAGAAGUGAAAUUUCUAUUCCAUCCUCGGAAAGUGAAGUGGAAUUAUCAAAACUUUUGCGUGCAAAUACAAAUUCAUCCAACGACUCUAUCGUAUCUGCUCCCUGUAGUGAAAAUCAUAAUAACCAUAUUCGUAAUUUGAUUGAUGUAACCGGGUGAAAAUUGGCCUUACUUUGUAAUUUAUUAAUUUUCU